CUUGGGGCCGUUUUUCUUAUCAGACGUUUAAAUGAAGUAAAUGUAAGUGCAAUCUUAUUUAUUUUUAUUUCAGAACAACGUUAAAAGCAAGUUCGCUGGAUUGUGCCAGACGAUACUGUCGAAUAAUAGUGACGUUGGUGCCGAAUUAUGCCGUUUCUGCAAGGUGUUUGUCGGAAAAGAAUGUGUAACCAUCUCUUCACAAAAAACAAAGGCCCUCAAUCGUUGUGAGAUGUUGAAAGACUUUUCUAAGGAUUCGUUUAAACAAUUGUUGAAGAACAUGUCAGCUACACCAACGGAUACCGAGGAGAGCAGAUGUUUCCGGCGGUUGCUGCUUUUGGCCGACCCUGAGAUCGUCACCGCCUUGACCGAGGAGCAGAUUCGCCUCAUCUUCCAAAAAAAUAGCCCUCCUGAAUUCCGCCAUUUGUCGAAUCUCAUCUCGCAUUACGCCAAAAUGUCCACUCUCGAAAAAGUGAUCAGCUGCUUGCUGUCACAAUUCAACGAUAGGUUCGAUGAAAAACAGGUUGUGAACUUUCUGUGCAGUGCCUUCUGCGUGUCUCGUCUGUGUCCCAAUGCGGAUUGCGGCAGUUCCACUGCUUUUCUCGUCGAAGAUCCAUUCGAGCUAUCGGUUCAUCAGCUGAUGGUGCUCGCGCGUUACAUGCUGCAGGAAUUUAAGUGUGCGUGUAGUGAGGAAAGUGGUACUUUAAACCGCAGCUCAAACUCUCAAAUAUCCAUGGGCGGUAAAGCUGCUUUGACUUCCCCGUUGACCAACACUGCGGCAAGUUUGGUCAUCAGUCGGUACGCACUGAAAGACCGAAUGGACUUUUUCCUUCUUUGUUGUGCGAGUGAUCAUCGAUUAAAGAUUAUCGUCAAAUGGAUAUAUGACGAGUGGAAAAAUUCAUCGACGGACAGAUCCAACUUGGAACAGUUUCUGACUGAGAUCUAUUUCAAAAGGCCGGCGACAAUGAAGUGGUUGGAAAAUGUCGACUUCUUACACCAUGUCGAAGGCGUACAUUCUCAAGAAAGCAAGGUUGAUAACGUACUCCAUCAACUUCUCUGUGAUCUUGAAGACAAAGCAAAGGAAGCCUACAGCGAACAGAGAAUGAACCGCAUUAAAUGUGUCUUGUACAAGUUCGCCGCUUUUCACCCUACUCUUUUCGUCAGACAACUGCCGCUGAUUGCGGCGCUUCUACGUGGAAAAACCGAUUUUUCUAUGCAACUUUACUCAACGACAAACUAUUUGCUGUUCUACACGAUAAUUUUGGAUUUAUUGGAGUUCAUUUCUCCAUACGCUUUCGAUCGGCAUUACGUUGCCUCCUUUUUGGAUAUAAUGAGUUCAUUUCUCGAAUUCAUGCAGAAGCAGGCGCUGAAAGCUAUAUCUGUGCGGUAUCCGGCGUUGACCAGCUUGCGUAGUUUGGUGGAACAGGUAACUUUGCCCCUGUGUUCCGUCGUACCUGACUGGAAAACCAGAAAGGAAGUUAUCGAUAGAGGGGGCGAGAUGAAGCCGUCAUUGGUCAGAGCUCCAUCCCCUGUGUCGGUUUCUGAGGUCAACCUGCUGUUUUCGCGACUUAUCAAAGCCCAACAGACUGAAGGCAUGUUUCUCAAGAUAUCUGACUUGUUGUUCGAAUUUGAGGAGAAGAUUAAGGCUAAACCAGAUGUUCUUCGCUACUUUAAACCGGUGAUCGAGCACCUUCUUUCCAACUGUUCCGAAAGUGUACGAAACACUGCAUUCUCUUUGCUGCUCCGCUACCUCUAUCAGGAUCCAAUAAAUGUCGAAUGUGUAAUUACUUCGGUUCUCCGAUGCCUGACUCAUCCGGACAAUGCCGUUGCACAGACUGCAAUGGAAAAUUUGCCUGAUUUCAUUGGAAUAUGUUCAGAUGCAUAUGUUGGAAAGAUUUUGGAAGCUGAAUGUCAGUGCUGCUUGCGAAACGUUGGUGAAAGUUAUGGAACACUUGCUGAAUCAAUGGUAGUUCUACACAACUGUUGUUGA